AUGCUGUCGCUGAUCAGAGCGGCAUCCUCAAGGACAGCUCUCAAAGACAGGAGAUCAGCUCAACGGUUACUGCGGACAUUGCAUUCGGCACCUCUCGACCACCGGCCGCUCCGUGCUACCGCCACUCUCAAUGCCGCUAAGUCCGUUCGCUCAAGGCAUAUCCAUCAGUCGACACGACUUUUCGCGGUUGCAGCUGUGCCGGAACCCUCUAGCGACGCUACACCAAAAAAGACACCCGACUCUGACAGCAACAAGGAGUCGGCGGGAAGCACAGUAGACACCCCAUCCUCAACCCGGCAACCAGCAACAGGAGCAGCGUCGCCCUUGGCAAAGCGUCGGGCGAAAUUACAGCGUGCGAUCGGUCGUGCAACUCUUCGGACGUCUCUCGCAGCUGAUCCAACGGCCAAGGUCUACGUCCCCUCGAUCCCAGAGUCGUUCAUAGCCACUCAUUAUCACCCAGCUUUGUCAUUAUCAGUCGAUAACAAGACUACCUUCGCCAGUCUCCCGUAUCAUAUCCACCAGAGCGUUCAGGACGAAGUUCUCAAUACGAUUGCGUCAUGUCUUUUGACGCCCGCUGGACCCCAGGCACAUAUCCAUAGGAUGCCAGCCAGACAUAACAAUGUCUUGCUGAGCUCACCCUCAGAAGGGUCGUCGCAGAUGCUGGAGGCGGUUACUAUGGUCGCAGCAAGGAAAGUCGGCGCCAGUGUGAUCACCAUCGACGUCCAAGAUCUCAUGGAGCUCACCCCAGACAUGUUCAACAGCAAGAGCACUGGCAACCCUUGGCCGGUGGAUUUCUUGGCCCGUGGGUUCAACCCUUUCGUGUCGUCGCCCAUCCCAAUCGAGUUUCUGGAGGACCUGGAUGACAGCUCUGACGAUGAGUUUCAGGACGAUGCGGAUGAUGAUGAUGACCAGGACGACAACGACCGUGCCAGUACCCCAACCGCCGUGUUCGUAGACUCCAGAAUCUUUUCCAAAGGGCGCCAUGGAAGUGGCAGCGGUCGUCAUGGACAUUCAUCUUCUGCUCUCUCGCUUAAGGAGAAGUUUGAAAAGUUCUGGACGGCUCUCCUACUUGCCGAGCCCAAAACAUCGUCAGCAUCGUCAACAUCAGCAGCGGCAGCGACGACAAGGACGACAAGGACGACUGCUGGAUCCGGAGAUACCCCAGCGACAACGUCAGCACCCAAGAUCUUGUUCUUGAGGGAUAUCGCCGAUAUUAUUCAUACCUCCCUCGGCUCUACUUUGAUACCCUCCCUGACCAGUGCUGUACAUACUCUCCGCAAGGCUGGUCAUAAUAUCAUGGUCGUCGCAGGACAUUCGCCCUCACUCUUGACAACCCGACAGGAUGACCAACACAGCGGCGAUGGAGGAUUUUUGGACGGCCAGAGUCUUGGAAACGCCUAUUCGGAUGAUACAGAAGUGACCAAGGAGAUGUCUCUGGUUACCAUCCUUCAGAAACUGAGAUCGCCGACGUCAGCAGAUUCAGGUCGCUCUGCUAUGGGACCUAAUGCGUCUUCCAUGUUGCUUACAUCACUUGCAUACGAUACCUUCCCAGGACCAACGCAGACCUUUCACCACAUCUCUAUCCCACCCUUUGUCCCCCCGCCCACUGCUUCGACAACUACAGCAAAGAUGGGGACAGGGAGCCUCACUCACCCAGUCGACAGAGAAACUCAGCAGCGGUACGCACUUGAGAAUGCGCAGCAGCUGAGGCAGGACAAGGCAGAGAGGAUCAAGCAGGUCAACAGUCGUAAUAUGCUUGCGGUCCUUCAGUUCCGAGGAGGCGUCCUGUCAGAGUCAGAGUCACCUUUGCAGGCGUUUGGAUCGCUUCGUGGGAUUGACACGGAAGUCUGGGGCUUUGGCAAGGUGUACAGGGUCAUCUCGAACGCUCUUGGAACCUUGUACUUGAGCGAUUUGGAGGCACGAGGAGGAGAGGGUGUUAGUACUGGGAAGGCUGCGGUGCUGUCGGAGAGCCAUUUUAGAGGAGCGUUGGAGACGUCAAACGAGAAUGCUAGGCUGCGAAAGGUAAUUGCGACGUCAGAUUGGACCGGUAACAAGAAGGCACCUAUGGCCAAACCCUUGGUCCGAGCUGAGGAUUGUAACCGAUACGAGCGCAAGUUGCUCGGCAGCAUUGUCGAUCCAGCAGAAAAGAUCAAGACAACGUUCAAGAACACGAUUACGCCUGCAGAGACUGUCAACGCCCUUCAGACCAUGAUCACCCUGCCCCUCAUCCGCCCUCAGCUGUUCUCACAAGGACUCCUCCAGAAUGAAUUCCUGUCAGGACUACUGCUCUUUGGCCCUCCAGGAACGGGAAAGACCUUGCUGGCCAAGGCUGUCGCCAAAGAGUCUGGCGCCAGGAUGCUCGAGAUCAAGGCAUCUGAUAUCUUUGACAUGUAUGUCGGCGAAGGCGAGAAGAACGUCUCGGCAGUUUUCAGUCUGGCUCGGAAACUGUCUCCCUGUGUUAUUUUUCUGGAUGAGGUCGAUUCUAUUUUCAGGGCUCGCAGUCUUGGAGGCGCUGGUGGUGGAGGUAGCGGCGGACAUUCAAGUCAACGCGAGAUUUUGAACCAAUUUAUGGUUGAGUGGGAUGGUCUUCGGUCGAGUGGGCAGAACAACGGGAUUGUGGUCAUGGCGUCGACAAACCGACCCUUCGAGUUGGACGAUGCCGUUUUGAGAAGGUUGCCACGGAGGAUCUUGGUAGAUCUGCCGUCAGAACAGGCGAGGGAGAAGAUCUUGAAUGUGUAUUUGAGCCAGGAGACACUGGAUGCGGGCAUUGAUGUCAAGGAGCUCGCCAAGAAGACGGCAUUGUUCUCGGGAAGCGAUCUCAAGAACUUGUGUGUCUCUGCUGCUUUGGCAUCUGUUCGUGAGCUUGUUGAGGGAGAAGUCAAGGCGCUUCAAGGUGGUGAUGCUGCCUCUGCAGACGAGUUUGUGCCUGACGUGUCGGUGAUGGUCGCGAAUGACAAGGACAAGGAUGCCAAGGAGAAGGACAAGGUUCUGGAUCUUUCGCCCCUUCUGGACCAGUACAAACAGGAGGCCCUCGCCAAGAUCACUGCACCAGCACCAUCAUCCCUUAUAACCUCGGUCACAGAGACGACGGCGGCGACGCGUGUGAUCCAUAAGAGACAUUUCGACAAGGCCCUGGCUCAGAUCACACCAUCGUGCUCUGAGAAUAUGGAGAGUCUGACUGAGCUGAGAAAAUGGGAUGGGUUGUAUGGCGAUGGUGGAAGGGGACGGCGCAAGGGCAUCAAGAGCUUAGGAUUUGAGGUUGAAUCUGACACCGUCAACAAAAGCAAGCCGCUGUAG